GGUAGUGACGUGCAUCAUGGUCAAGUGGCAUGCAUCAUCACUGAAAUCACUGAAGAUACCGCUCAAUGUAUCCCUAUAGACUUUUAUAUUAUCAUAUCAUAUGCAUUUCUCCCGCUUACUACUUGAUUUCUCACAUAUCAUCAUUUAUCCUCUUGUUGUGCGCCUUAUAAUUGGUUUGCCGGAAGGAUUGGAUGUGUGAUGAAGUGUGUGGCUGCGAUGCAAACUGCGAUGCAACAGGGCAUACGUCUUGCAUUGACGACGAUAUCUGAAUCCCGCGGGCUUACAUAAUGAGACAACCCAAUUCCGUUGGCGAAACCCGCGGGUCCGAUAACCCUCCCAUCUCAUCUUCGAUGUCGGACGCAAACACCAUUUCAUUUCACCGGUAAUUUCUUGAUCAGCCUCUAUCGAAAUCCGGUCGAUUCCGGUAAUUGGAAGCGGACUUCCUAAGUGCUACCUGGCACUAUUUCGGAUUGGCUGGUCGAUUCCUCGGCGAGAUGCCUCGCAGUUCGGUGUCAGGGCCCUCUUCUUCAUGCAAUCCGGCACCUUAUGGGCAAGCCUGCUUGGGCUGUUCCCGUGCCAAAUGCAAGUGUUUUCAAAGAGCGGAUGGAUCCGCAUGUGAGCGAUGUCACCGGCUUGGAAAGACCUGCGAGCCGGCAAUGGCAGUGCGUAAACGUAAAGCUGCGACACCACCACCGGCGCCGGAACAGCCCAAGCAGCCUCUCCCAUCGAUGGUUUCAUCGAGGCUCGAGGAAAAGUUGGAUGAUCUGGUGACCCUUCUGCGUUCGCAAGCCGCGGAGAAACAAGGUCCGACUCGAAUCCAAACCCACCGACAAACGCCACAAUCAACACCAGAAGGGCACAUUGGUCAAUAUGGUAACUCAACAUCCCCGCCACCGUCGCACGAACAUCCCGACCUUGUGCUGGAUACAGCAGCGAGCGUCGUACACCUUGUACGCCCGACUAGCCCGCCCAUCUCCCCAUCUCUCAUCCUCGACGAUGUAUCUGUUCACAAGUUACCUAAUGAGAUUGCUGACGAGCAAUUGAACUUAUUUCGUCAUUUAUUUGUCUCAAUGUUCCCACUCAUACAUAUACCAGCCACACUGAGUGCGGCCGAGCUGCGCCACCAGAAGCCCUUCCUCUGGCUCGUUAUUAUGGCUUUGACCACCAAGAUGGUUUCACAACAGUUCGCGAUGGAGGAGACGAUUUGGGAAAUUGUGUCACGUAGAAUAAUGUGCCAGCAUCUUGUCGAUCUGGACUUAAUUCUUGGCGUAAUUUGCUUCGCUUCCUGGUCUCACUAUUUCAAGAAAGAUAAGCCUUUUAUGAGCAAGCUCUCCCAAUUAGCUGUGUCGCUUGCUUUUGAACUAGGCAUUCAUCAUGAUGUACCCGCAAUCUCGCCACGACGCCACCAAUUUCCCGUUCAAAAAGCUCCGAGGCAGCACCCACGGACCAUGGAAGAGCGCCGAACCAUGCUUGCCGUGUUCCACCUUACAUCUUCAACUUGGUCAACAUAUAGACAAACCGAGCCACUUCGCUGGACGCCAUAUUUGAGCGACUGCCUUCGUAUCCUCGGCGAAGGAAGAGGGACAUCUCUAGACAUUCUUCUAGUUACACAGAUCAAGUGCCAGAUCAUCACUAAUCAGCUAACAUGCUCUCAAGUGGACGAGAUAGCGGGAGUAGAGGGCCCCAAGGUGCCAUCGGCAGCCUUAACUACGACCCUGUUAAGGCAAGUCAAUGAUAUCCGACAAAACCUGCCAGCUCAAAUUAGAUCCCACAGAAGUACGGAGUUUUACAUGUCCUACACGGAGCUCAAAGUCCGCGAAUCCGCACUCGGGAGACCGAGGCCCCAAGAUCAAACAGGACUGUCGCAAAUUCAACGAUUGCAAGAUCUUGAAUCUCUUAUGAACAAUAUUGAGAAUUGGAUAACUGUUUACUCCGAGACGCCAAUAAGCCAAUGGGUUUCUUUUACCAGCGAUAUUACGACGCAAUUCAUGCAGUACGUCGUAGUCCUCUUUAAGCUCAACACCCUCGACGAACCCGGCUGGGAUCUCCAAGAGGUAAGGCGGCGCGCCGAUGUAUUCGAGAUCCUCGACCACACCUGUGAGCAACUUAAUCGCCUCCCGACAUUGGUAGGAAUGAUAGAUGCGGAUGGGCCACGGCGCGGUUUCUUCUUCAAAAUGAUUCGUCUGCUCCGAGAUAUCAAAGGCUUACUUCUAGCCGAAAUGCCCCCUAACGCGCCGUCGGAUGCGACAGCUGCCGCUGCUUUUCCCACCCCGGAGAGCGCGGACGCUAACGGCGCGGGUGAAUUUAUGGAUUUCUCAUUUACGGAUGAGUUUCUUAUGGGUAUGUUGCAAGAAGAUAUUUCGGCGCCUGUAUGGGAUUUUAGGCCGGAUGGUACCUGUAUGUCCUUUGGUACGUAGGCUGAUAUCCCGCUAUGCUAACCACUUUGGAUUUAACCCUGUUAUAUUCUUGGCGACUUCCAAAGCCCAGCGAAAUAGUGAUUCGUAGAAUGGCCCCACGUAUUUGCGUGGUGAUGCCGUUAGCUAGCUCUUGGCGUUCUGUCGCAUCGCAAAGUGGCUAUGCAAGUAGAAAAAGGCUGUGUAACCAUCGUGGUUGAGAUGAUAGACCUGAUG